CUUGGUUUCACCAAACGUGAUGCUUAUAACGUUCUAGAAUCUGAAAGGAGUAAAACGUUUGAUGGUAGUGAUUCUAACACUUUGAUUUCUAUAUUGAAGAAAAGGGCUGAAGUGGAAUCUGAUUUUUACUUUGAUUUUGAGGUAGAUGAAGGUGUCCUGAGUUGUUUUUUCUGGAGAGAUGGGCAAAUGAGAUUAGAUUAUGAGAGGUUUGGUGAUUUAGUUGUGCAUGAUACAACUUACAGGACUAACAAAUACGACAUGAUUUGUGGUCCGUUUGUUGGUAUGAAUCAUCAUUGUAAGAAUAUUAUGUUUGGUUGUGGCUUUAUGUUGAAUGAAAAGGUUGAGUCAUUUGUUUGGUUAUUUCAGACUUUUCUGAAAUCUAUGGGCAGUAAACAGCCCAUCACAUUUAUGACAGAUCAAUCAUUUUCCAUGGCAGCAGCUAUAAAAUCAGUUUUCCCUGAGUCAAGACAUCGACUAUGCACUUGGCAUAUAGAUGAGAAUUCAAAGAAACACAUCAUGUUUCUACGCAAGAAGAUAAAUUUUGUUCCUCUAUUUGAUUAUGUUGUGAAACGAUGUGACACGGUUGCAGAGUUUGAUUUCUACUGGAUUGAGUUGAACAGAUUGUAUGAAUGCAGUGAUAAUAAAUGGUUAAAAAGGCUCUACAGUCAUAAAGAAAAGUGGUGUCCUGCAUUUUCAAAGGAUUAUUUCUCUGGCGGCAUUCUAUCUUCCCAAAGAAGUGAAUCUACCAAUAGAUCCAUAUCCAGAAGACUGUCAAAAACUGCAACUUUGUGUGACUUUUACAAGAUGUUUGGUGAUGUUGUCGAUGAGUGGAGGUCAGAAGAAAAUGGUGAAGAUUUCAGAUGUUCAGAAGGCACCGUUGAGAUGGUAUUGCUACAAGAUAGUAUGUUGUCUCAUGCUAGAGAUGUAUACACUGUUGAGAUAUUCAAACUGUUUCAGGAACAAUACUUGAAGGGCAUGUCACACUUUUUUAAAUUAAACACACAGAAUUGUCAUGAUUAUGUGUAUCAUGUUUGGUUGGACGGUGUAGAUUUGAUUAGGCACAACGUUGCUUUUAAUGGAAAUGACAACACAGUGACUUGCACUUGUAAGCUGUUUUCAGAAGUUGGCAUUUUGUGUAGACACAUAUUGCGUAUAUAUAAUGUCCAUUGUGUGAAAUAUAUUCCUGAAGUUUAUAUACUGUCUAGAUGGACAAAGGCUGCUAUUUUGCAAAAUGUUAGUCCUCCUUUUACUCAAGGAACAUAUCUUAUGUGUGGGAAAGUAGUUGAAGAUUCUGUUUGGAGAGUGCAAAUGACCAGGAAGUUCAAUGCUAUAUUAGCUGCAAGUGCUGGUCUACCUGAAGCUAGGCAAGUAUGUGAGGAAGGGUAUAAAUCGAUCAAACACUCUUUAGAUAUUCAAAAAAGUGUUUCUUGUGGUGAUGAAUUUGGUUCUGCUCCAAAGACAAUACUUGAUCCUCCACGAUCUCGUCCUAAAGGUGAGCGAAAUAAAAGAAAAAGAAGCAUUGUUGAAAAACAAUGCAAAAUAGUCAAAGCUCGACGUUCUAAAUCUCAAAAUGUUGCCAGUAAUUCAAAAGAAGUUGCACAAUCUGUUGUUCAGGACACUGUCAGUUCUAUGGUUCCACAAGGUUAUCUUGUUCAUCCGGUUGGAGGAAUCACGACUUUGAUGAGUGUGUUUGGAUCUCCACAAGUUUUGGCUCCAUACUUCAUGCAAUCUAAUGCUGUGAACCAAAUGCAGAAUUAGUUUUAUUUUAAUUUUUGUUUUUUAUAGUAGAUACUUUUUCAGAGACAUGUUAUACCUUUCUUUUUGUUUUAAUGUUAAUGUUGGAGACAUUACUAGAGGAGUUACAUUUCAUUUUAAUGAGAUUUACAUUUCGUUUAGUGGUUGUUGACAUUUUGUUAUCCUUUGUUUCCUAUCAUGCUUACAGUCAAAUUUAUUAGCACAUUACUGGAUGAGUUACAUUUCAUUUUAAUCAGAUUUACAUUUCGUUU